AUGAAUCGGUUCGAAUUCAGCGACUCCGACGGAUCUUCCUCUGACUUCGAUGAAGACCCAUCUGGCCUCCCCUUCCCGGAACCGCUAUCCCGCACCUCAUUCCUCGCCCCUGACUUCGAUCCAGCCACUUUCUUGUCAUCAUUGACGAACCGACACCAGAGUCUUGAGGAUUUACGACAGGAACUACGGGGACUAGAGCAACUCUUGAACAAGGAGCUGUUGGAUCUUGUCAAUGAGAACUACCAGGACUUUCUGUCGUUAGGCAGCGCGCUUCGCGGCGGCGAGGAGAAAAUUGAAGGCGUGAAAGUUGGCGUGCUUUCUUUCCAGCGCGAUGUCAAAGCUAUUCGGGACAAGGUUGAGGCGCGACGUCAGGAAGUGGAAGAGCUGUUGAACGCGAAGCGGCAACUACGAACGAAUGCCGACAUUGGCAAAGACCUGUUGGACUAUGCGGAUCGAGUGGAGGAAUUGGAACACCGUUUGAUGAUUCAGGACAAGUCAUCGCAAGAACAUGCCACAUCAGGCGAAUCCGAUUCAGAGUCCGAUCUGUACAGCGGCGAGAGCGAUGACAGCGAUGACGAUGAGCUGGCAGAUGGCACGCCCGCAAUAUCUUUGAAGAGGCUAGAACACCACGCUCAGAAGUUUGUCUACUUGACCUCGAUAGCUGCCCGGGUCGGCGAGAAACAUCCUUUCCUUCUUGCGCAACAAUCACGCGUCGCAAAGAUCAAGUCCACAAUACUCCUGGAUCUCAAAACUGCCUUGGAGCAAGCUACCGCAGCAGGUGGUCAACAGGGCAAACGCGACGCUAGGACAAUGGCGAUCCUGCGCAUCUACGAUCUUAUGGGCGAGGAUGUCAGUGCCGUCGCUGCGCUGAAGAACCUCAAGCUGUAA